AUGGCAGAAAAGGAAGGAGCAAUUGUCAAGAAGGGUCAUGAAGAAGGGCUAAAAAUGGCACUUUCCCUUCUUGAAGAAUAUGAACUCCCAGCAGGGCUUCUCCCUCUAGCUGAAGUAAUCGAAGUCGGGUUCGUAAAAACCACCGGGUACAUGUGGAUCCUGCAAACUAAAAAAGUCGAACAUAACUUUAAAAUGAUCAGUAAGCUGGUGAGUUAUGGUACUGAAAUAACUGGAUACGUCGAGAAGAAGAGGAUCAAGAAGCUUAAAGGAGUGAAGGCCAAGGAGCUGAUGCUAUGGCCUCCGGUCGGUGAUAUCACAGUGGACCCCGCUACGGGAAAGAUUCACUUCAAGAGUCUAGCUGGCAUCACGAAAACUUUCCCCGUUGAGGCUUUUGCUGCUGGACAGUAA